AUGCGCUUAUUGUCACUAUUAUCUUCGGUUUCCCAAACAGUGGAGAACAUCACCACAGUGAAUGAAUUUCUUUUGCUGGAGCUGACAUGUGUUCAGGAGCUGCAGCCUGUAAUCUUUAUGAUUUUCCUCAUUUUGUACAUAGUAAACCUCCUUGGAAAUGGGGCCAUAUUAGCGAUUGUCCUUUCAGAGCCAAGACUCCACUCCCCCAUGUACUUUUUCCUGGGAAAUCUUUCUUGUCUAGACAUUUGUUAUUCUUCAGUGACAAUGCCCAAGCUAAUGGCAAACUUCCUUUCCAGUCACAGGGCCAUAUCUUUUGUAGGCUGUAUCACUCAGCUACACUUCUUCCACUUUCUGGGCUGCACCGAGGCUCUUUUGCUAACCAUCAUGGGAUUUGAUCGAUUCAUGGCCAUCUGCAAUCCACUUCACUACCCUGUCAUCAUGAACCUCCAACUGUGUGUGCUGUUGGCAGCUGUGGCCUGGAUCACCAGCUUCUUCUAUGCUCUCAUGCAUUCUGUCAUGACUGCACACCUGAACUUUUGCCACUCUCAGAAACUCAAUUACUUCUUCUGUGAUGUUAAGCCCCUCUUGGAAUUGGCUUGUGGUGACAUAAGGCUCAAUCAGUGGCUCAUUUCCAUGGUCACUUGCAGUUUAGCCAUGGCAGCUUGCUUCUUCACACUUCUUUCCUAUUUCUAUAUUAUUGGCUUUCUUCUGUUGAAGAACCGGUCCUGCAGUAUGCUCCAGAAGGCUAUGUCCACGUGUGCCUCCCAUUUUAUGGUGGUGUGUCUGUUUUUUGGAACUGUGGCACUCAAUUAUAUUCCUCCUACUUCUGCUACAUCUGUAAUACAGGAAAAAUUUGUGGGAAUCAUACAUACUACUGUCACCCCAGUGCUGAAUCCAUUGAUAUAUACUCUUAGGAAUAAGGAAGUGAUGUUGGCUCUAAGCAGAUUCUUCCAGAGAAAGUUAUGGAGAGAAUGGCAGGUGCAUUCAGAGAGGUGA